UCGACGUGGAGACGGACCACUACCACAGUGCCUACUACAACAACAACAACAAUGGCGACGACGAAGAAGACAACGACUGCAGCGCCAUCUACAUUAAACGUGGUACAGAACGAGGGAGAGAACUCGAUCGUUGACGCCAGAGGGAAGGGAGAAGUGGAUAUGACCAAUAACAUGAUUGACAGCCAGAUAGAAGUAGCUGAGUUCUUCUGCUGGGAUUGUUACAGCGACAGCCCGCACUGCGGAGAAAGGGUUAACACGAUCAAGGCUCACUAUCUCGGCAAGACGCAAUGCUCUUCCACCAACAAGUGUUUCGUCAGGAGACAAGGAGACGUCAUUUACCGCGGCUGCGCAGACGGAUGGCAGAACAGCGCCACCAAUAUCGACUACGAGGGGUGCCGUGUGCAACAGCUGUGGGGAAAGCCUGUGGAGUGGUGCUUCUGCACGGCGUCGCUAUGCAACGGGGACUCCAUGGAAGACAUAAAGAAUAUCUACAUGCAGCACAUCCACCCACACCCUUAUAAAGACAACAGCACCAGUAACAGCAGCGUUAUGACCACCAGCGCCACCAUGACGUCAACAACGAGGAUUAUGAAACACAACCCCUUCUCACAGCCGACUUCUACGAAAACAACACCAUCAACAACAUCAUCACCAACUACAGAGAAGACCGAAACCUCAGCUGCAGAGACAACUACACCGUCAAGAUCAACGCCAACAGAGACAGCAACUACCAAACCAGCAACUACCAGGAGAUCGCAAAACACGAAAUCCAGCCGCCAUCAUGUCUUCGUAGAAGCGAACAGGGAAUUCGUGCAAAGAUCAACAACUCCGAAAAAUGCAUUCGCUGCACGGAAAAACCCGAGUGUAACAAAAAUGUUUAAUGCCUUAGUUCACAAAUGAACAGAUAGCAAUAUUAAUUAUAGUGUCUGAGUUUCAGAACAUUUUUUUUUAAUUAUUGUUUCCAAACAAAUUGUGAUGCGCUGAAAAUAGGUUCUAUUGUUGUGGACUGAAUGUGCGUGCAGGACCAUGUUCGGGAUAGUUGUAACAAUGCACGUGCAGAAUAUGUCUUUCGUUGGAAUGUAGUGAUAUGAUGAAUUGUAUAUAUGUAUACUAUUACUAUUAUUAAGGACUACUUGCUGGAACAGACAUUUUGUAAAGCCUGCGAGAUCGCUGAAUGAACUCAAUGUUUUAACAAGAAGUACUAUUGUGUGAACAAAACAAAUGGCUGCAUUAAACUGUUGUCGAUUUAUAAGAAUAACUGUAGGUCUAAAUAGAGUUAUGCUAUUAAGUAAAAUGACCUUCAUUAAAUUGCAGAUAUAGCUAUAUAUGGAGAUGUUAGAAAGCAAUAUCAUGAGUAUGGCCUAUACUAAAAUGUACUCGAUUUAUAGGAAUAGCUGUUCAGGUCUGUGAUGUUUCUGGAAUAUGUUAACAAUACCAUUCCAAAGAAAAAUUAUAUUCAACAGUUUGGUUUUGUAAAAAUGAACUGACCGUUACUUACCUUAAUUCAGGUUUACGGAUUAAAUAGUCGGU